AUGGAGAUCGAAAUCUUUAUAACUGCUGAAUUGGCUCGAAAGCAAGAUGCUCAUUCAUUACGUAGGCGAACAUUUGAGAUUGAUAUUCAAAACAUAUAUGAUUUUAAAAAUCUUAAAGAAUCGAAGCAACAUUAG